UGACGAGGACGACUGACACUGACAUUUUGUUUGAGGUUUUUGUGUAGACUAUUACUAUUAGUAGUAAACUAAGAGGGCCCACGGUUUCUUUAAAUUAAUAAUAUAGGUAAUGUACAAUUAAUUUGACUGUGAUAGUGUAAAAUAAAUAUUAUAUAAUAUUUUUAAAAAACUACUGUCAAAAAUAUUACCAAGUUAGGAACAGCACGGUACGGUAGCCUAUCUUAAGCAAUGGUGUUCGAUUGGUCUCCAGAGCCACCGAGGGAAGUGGACGACCGAAUGUCGUAUCCCACACAAGCUGUACUCGUAGAGAGUGAUGAGAGUGAAGACGACAUGUUGGGACAGGCUCCUUCUGGGUACGAGUUGUUGGCCCAAGGUCCAGUUCUUGGACCAUCCAGUGAUGAGGAAAAUGAGAGUGACAGUGACUCAGCGCCAACUAAUGAAUUAGGCCUAACUGCUUCUGCAAACGUCAACACUCAGGCUGAUGUAGGCCUACCCUCCACUUCACAAGUUGUGGUUCAAAGAACAAGUGAGGUACAAGAAGUAGACCUUCUUUACUCAACUGCUACAUCGAGGCCGGAUUUGGCUGUGGAUUGUGAUCAGGUGCGUGCUGCCAUGGUUGGGUUUACUUUACCUCCGUCUGCCAUACCUGCUUGGGCGGCUAACAUACCCGAGGGUCAACUGACAACACUACUUACACAACAGAUUCAACGAAUACAAGGCCAGUCCAACAGUUAGUUUACAUCCCGAAAAUGUUAUAUGUAUGUCAUACUUUUGAAGUGAUUCAGCCUAUGUAAUGUAUUUUUGUUUUCUUUUAUACUGGUUAAAUGUCUUUUGCAUGUCAUGCCUGCUUUCUAAUAUUCUUAUUGUUGCUCAUAUUUUAUUACCUAAUUAUGCUAUGUUUAUAAAGUGAUUUAAUCCUAUUUUAAUGUAUAUUCGAAUGUAAAAAUGGUGUUACCGAUGAUUGAAUAAUAAAUAAAUAAAUAUCAUACUGAAUCUAGUUGACAACUAGACAAUUGUUUAAGAACUUGUAGCUAAUUUAUAUCUAAUGUAUAUAUUGUAGUAGUAUUUGUACAAUUAUCUUCAGGUCCAAAGAUAUUUUAUUUUUCCACACCAUAAAUUAAAUAUAAUUAACCUGACUCUCACGGAAAUUCAUAGCUCAAAAACUUUAUAGACUCAGUUUUCUAAAAUAAAACCAUAAGUUUCAAAGGUUCAAGUUAAAAAAAACUUAUAAAAUCGUAAUAUUUUAAAUGUCAUACACAACAAACAGAAAACAAUGAUGAGCGAUCCAGAAACCCUUUCAUGUACAUAAUUUUUUUUUGAUAGUUCCUUGUUGGUGAUGGGGACUUGAGCUUACAUAACUUUUAAACAAAAUAUUCAAACCAUAGCUUUUAAGUGUCUAUAUUAAUAUUUUAAUAUUUUAUUUCGGUAGCCUACUUUUUUAUAAUUGUUUGUAAACUUAUAUUUCAUUGUUUAUUACAUAUUUAAGCUAUUUGCGUCUUUUUGGUUUUGUAUUUCUUGAUAACAGCAAUUUACUUGUGUAGCUUUCGUAUUCACUGGCUGGAAAUAUUUAGUUGAAAUAUUAGUCAAAUAUAUUGUUAUGUAUAUGUUAA